AUGCUCUAUAUGAGGUCGGUUCCUACUCUUCAAUUUUUUCAGUUCAAUUAUCGAGAAGCUCCUGGGACGGUGAACUUAGAACGUAAUAACCAGCCAUGGAGAAGACUGUCAGCGUGGAGUUCUGCCUGGUUGGCAGGAAUAUGUGGGCAGGGCGUACGUGUUGGCAUCUUCGAUACUGGCCUCGUAAACACCAAUCUACACAGCCACUUUCGCAACGCUAACAUCAGGGAGCGUUCGAACUGGACGUGGCGUCUUAAUCGAGACUCUCGGUCGGACCCAAAUCCAGGCGCUUUAGAUGGCCACGGUCAUGGCACUUUUGUGACGGGAUUGAUUGCCGCCGCACCGUAUUCCUCCGCUUCUCCUUUAACUCUCACCUGUCCCACCGCUGGUCUAGCUCCGCGAUCUGAAUUAUACAUUUUUCGUGUCUUUACUGAUACGCAACUCUCCAUGACUUCGUGGUUCCUUGAUGCCUUCAAUUAUGCCAUCAUGAAGCGUCUCCAUGUCAUAAAUCUGUCCAAUGGAGGACCCGAUUUCAUGGAUCAGCCCUUUGUGGACAAGGUCAACGAGCUGUCCGCCAAUGGGAUCCUCCUUGUCUCUGCCAUCGGUAACGAUGGACCUGUGUUUGGUAGUCUCAACAAUCCUGCUGAUCUGAUGGAUGUGCUUGGAGUGGGUGGCGUGGACGCUAAUGGUGAUAUAGCUACAUUUUCUUCUCGCGGAGCUACCGCAAUGGAGAUGCGAGACGGUUAUGGACGGUUUAAACCGGAUGUGGUUGGUUGGGCAACCGGAAUUGUCAGUUCGAACCUCCAUGGCGGAUGCAAAAUCUUAUCGGGGACAAGUGCCGUUUCUCCUGUUGUAACUGGGUCCAUCGCAUUGCUUAUUAGGUGGGUUAAUGAGACCAUUGGUGAAGUUGAUGCUGCUUUGUUAGAGGAGCCGCUGGACCGACCACCAAUAAAUCCAGCAAGUUUGAAACAGGCGAUAGCUGCUGGGGCUGAUGCUGUGGUUGAUUCUGAGGGGAGAAGGAAGUUCUCUAUCUUUGAACAGGGAGCUGGACUACUGAAUCUACAAAAUUCAAUCGACAUAAUGCGCCGAUUGAAGCCACAGGCGAGUUUGUGGCCCAGCUACUUGGACUUCAUGGAGUGUCCCUACUUCUGGCCCUAUUGCAGUCAGCCUCUCUACGCCUCCGGUCUGCCCAUCGUCGUCAAUGGCCUGCACAAACAGCACACAGCGCACGAUGGGAUGGGGUUGGGUUUGAGAGAGCGAUCGUCCUGUUCUCAUUGUUCUCGAUUUGUGCAUUGGCGUCGGAUAAAUGGGGAUGCUGUCCAAUUUCCCCCACGGUUCAUUCGAACGGUGGUAACAAUAAUUAAUUCAAUGGGAGUACACGGUCGAGUGGUGGAUAGGCCUGUAUUUCAUCCACACCUUAAUGGAGAUGGUGGUGGUGCCCUCUUGGACAUCGGUGUGACAUACUCACGAGACCUCUGGCCCUGGACGGGCCACCUUGCCCUCCACAUCGCCGUGCGUGAUACACCCGAGGCGGCAGCCUUCCGAGGACUAGCUGAGGGGUGGAUCAGUCUGAAGGUGGAAUCAGAUGAUCACGUAAGUCGCUCAUUGACUGAUAUGACAGUUGGUAAAGCUGGCGUCAUUCCCUUAUUGAAACUCUUCAACUCCUCUAUUGUAACCACUGGUGGCGUCUCGUCGUUUCAGACAACUCAGACUACUCUCUCAACCGAAUUGAAGCUGCCCCUUCGUGUGCCCAUCAUCCCAACUCCCAAACGAGAAUUGCGGAUUCUCUGGGAUGCCUUCCACAAUAUUCGGUAUCCCGCGGCCUACGUGCCUACAGACGAUUUGACCAGGACUUUGGCGUCUCUCGAUUGGUACGUCUUUGAGGCUUUGAUCGUAGCCUGCUUGCCUCUCAAUGCAUAUUCGAAAUGUUAUCCUCAUCUCAAUAGGCUAGGCGACCACAUCCAUACCAAUUUUCGCGACCUCUACCUCUACCUGCGCGACGCUGGCUACUUUAUUGAAGUCCUUCAGCAACCAUUCACGUGUUUUGACGCAUCGAAGUACGGUAAGGAGUUAAUUAUAUCUGUUCUAAUUCCUGAAGAAUGGACGAAUUGUAGUCCUCGGCUCCAAGAGAUUGUUGGAGGUAGCCUCAUUUUCAUCACCGUUAUUUUCUGUGUUUUCCUGCGAGAAGGUUGUCAAUUGGAAGCCACUUACGUUUCGGGCUCCCCAGUUGUCACACCCUUCAUGACAAGGCCAAGCACUUUAAUGAUUGUGGACCCUGAGGAGGAAUUCUGGCCCGAAGAGGUUUCGAAGGUGCAAGUUGAUGUUCGUCAGAAAGGUCUUUCUCUUCUCGUCUUUGCUGGCUGGUUCAAUACCUCUGUGCAAGCGGCGCUGAAAUUCUACGACUUGAACAAUAACAUAAUGCCUUCGUGGGGUGGUCCUAUAGAAGGACCCUGCUGUGCUAUUGUUGAGCAUGCUGCAACUAGUCGUAAUCAUUUGCGACCUGAAACAGUUUGCCGUAGCUUUCUUAACAGGACUGUGGAGCAGACCUGUUCUAAGAUUGAAUGA